CCGACCGAAACGCUCCUCCAGGUCCAGGACCAGGACCGCGAUUUUUUCCCCCAUGGCCAUGGCGUCCCCGUACCUCCUCCUGCGGCUCGCCGCCGACGAGAUCUUCCAAACCCUAGAGCCCUCCUCCUCCUCCGCCGCCACCCCCACCCACACAGCCACCACCUCCUCCUGCUACGACGCCUUCGUCCCGGUCUUCCGCCCAGAUCCGACCCCCGCGUCCCCCGCGCUGUCGGUCUCCGCGGCCGACCGCGUCCGCAGCCAGUUCCUCUCCGUCGAGCGGGACCUCUUCCACGACGCGCUCGUCGCGCCCCGCAACGACGGGCUCGGCUUCCCCGAGGACGACGACGACGACGACGACGCCUCCAUCCCCUGGGACUGCCUCCAGUUCGACGAGGAGUCCGAGCCGGAUCUGCCGCUGUACCCGCCCGCGCCCGCCGACGAGUUCGACUGGGAGGAGGUCGCGCCCGCGCCCGCCCCCGGGCCCGCCGCGGAGCCCGAGUGGGAGGUGCUCGGCGCCACGCCCCCCGCCGACGCCGACGAGGGCUUCGUCUACACCUCCCACCGCGACGCGCACGACCUGCUCGUCGCCGGCGGGGAGGCGCUCUUCCUCACCAGCAAGCCGCCCGCGUCCAGCUCCGCCAUCCGGGCCCUCCCGUCCGCCGUCGUAACCAUUAACGAGCAUGGGGAGGAGUGCGCCGUGUGCAAGGACGCGGUUGCUGCGGGGGAGCGCGUCAAGCGGAUGCCCUGCUCGCACCGCUACCACGAGGACUGCAUCGUGCCCUGGCUCCAGGUGCGCAACUCAUGCCCGCUCUGCCGAUUCGAGCUCCCCACCGACGAUCCCAGGUACGAGGCCUGGAAGGCCGGACGCGGACGAGGCUUGGCCGCAUGAAUGAGCCGCGCGGUAAUGGCGAUCCUUUGCUCUGCUUGUGUGGUUCUUCUGUAUUAGAGAUUUAGAGCUGUAUGCUUUGGUUUUGGAUUGGCUAGGAAACCGAUAUACCCAGCUGUAUGAAGGAAAGCGUAGAGUGUAUUAGUCUGCGGAGAAGGUUUUGAUCUGCUACUGUUGGCAAGAGAGAUUGGUGUUACUUCAGUGUCGCCAGGAUUAUAUAUACAUAUGUAAAUGCUAUACAAAUGUUGUAUCUGUUCUAAACUCAAGAGAGAAUAGCUAUAUGAGUUUUUGUGUUGUGAUAUUUUGUAGAUGCCUGUGUGUUUAGCUAUAUGAUGUUGGGUUGUGAA